AUGGUCCAGGGUACUGCGUUGAAGUUAGAAGGGUUUAAAAUGGACACUGCUGUAGUGGAACAGCUCCUCAACUUCUUCCAAGACUACAUUGGCCUCUGUCAGUGUGAGAACUGGCCUGACAAUGACACUACAGAGGCUGAAAUAAAAAAUGCAUUUGUAAUAGCACAGCAUAUUGAGAAGAGUCUGGAUAGACUUCAAAAGAAACAAGUGAUCAAUGAAUUCUUAUCUGUGUUGAAUAGUAAUAAUGAAUCUUCAAGCAAUCUUAUUAAAAACUGCUUUAGUGAUCCACCAAAGCUGAGCGUACCAGAAGCGACUCCAUUCACGGCGGUACUGAAGUUCGCGGCUGAAGAAUUCCGUGUGGAGCCAGCCACCAGCGCUAUCAUCACUGACGAUGGCAUUGGCAUCAACCCUCAGCAGACCGCAGGCAAUGUGUUCCUGAAGCACGGCUCAGAACUGCGACUGAUUCCCAGGGACCGAGUGGGUCACACUGCCACAUAG